CUUUCUCCUUCCCAAGGCAGACACAGCCGGAUACCCUUCGUCAAGGUAAAUACUCACUCUAGGAGCAAAAAAUAGUUUUAGUCGACUUAUUUCAGCUUUCUCUGUCGCCUGGAUCAAGAAGCUUUAAUUUCCGAAAGGACAUAUCUCAGCUGGAAAUAUGGCGGAAGCAGCAGGCCUAGCUCUAGGAGUUGCUUCGCUGCUUAUUGCUGCUAUUGAGAGCUAUCGUUGCGCUACAACCUUCUUUGGCACCAUCAAAAAAUACCCACGAAAGCUUAGAGAAGCAAUACAAACGCUACGAAUGCAAGAGUUGUGCUUUCGGAAAGCCAACGAGCAGAUUCUGCGCCACUGCGUUGAUGCCCACGAGGCAAGGAAAAUGCUUAGGGAUGCUGAGCACCCUGCCUGGCGCGACCCAUCUGUGUCGAGCCGCUACAUUGAUCUUCUCGGAGGGGACCAAAACGGUUUCGAAGCCGCCAUAUCUCUCAUUUGCGACUCUUUAGAUGCCGUUCGAAGGCAUCUCGAGGAGUUCGUGGUACAUCCAAAGACGAGUAUCACGGUAGCUAGGAAGCAGCUUCGUUUCGCUUUUGAGCGGUCACGCAUUCAAGAUUCGCUACAAGAUCUGACGGAGAAGACCCAGAACUUCAUUGCCUUGACUAACCUGGUCACGGCACAUGUUCCAUCUUCCGAGGAGUUACGUUCCAAGCUGAACUCUUGGGGUCUAAGGAAGGUGAUGGGGCAAUUCGCCGUCGUCAAGAGCACUGCAGCAGACCUCUAUGGAGCUCUGGAAUCAGCAUGUGUAGACCACGACGCACACCAAGCAUAUCUCAGCCUCAGUCCAGCCUGUUCUGAUACUCGGCAGAUUCGUUUCACCCUGGCCUUUGGUCAACUCGCGCUGAGCCCAUUAGAUCCAGAUUUUGGCGCCAACGAAAAGCCUUUAUGGCUCACUAUCGAGUCAAGCGGUAGCGGUACAAUAGAGAAUGUCAACGGCGAGACUGAUGGCCUUCGCCAGAUGGUGACCACAUUGAAACGGACCUUCGCCUGCGCCCAGGACGAUUGCGAUUACGAUCGGGAUUUCAUCAAGGACGAGAAAGUCAAGCCGCCGCAGCGGCAACGAAAUACUAGUAGUAGCUCUGGAUCAACGACGCUAGUGUUACCUCCUCCACCUCCUCCAACCACUUUCAUCAAUCUCUGCAAGCAUCGCAAGAUAUGUCGUCACCUCGCGCAAUUCAGAGGCCUCACUCUACCGAGCGAUCAAGCUGUUGGCUAUCUCGAAAAGUCAUUAGGCUCGAAGCACGUCAUCUAUCUCGAUCGCCGAUUGUCGCAGAGAUCAGCCGCCUCAGUCGGGCCCAGCCUCAAGAGCCUCCAAGACAUUCUUAAGGAAAGCGACGAUGACAACGCCGACAAAAGAUUCUCACUCCGUCAGCGCAUUUCUCUCGCUGGACAGCUUGCACGGGCAGUCCUGCAUUUCCACAAAACCGCCUGGCUGCAGGACACCUUGGACAGCCAAAUCAUAAUGGUGCGCAGGAGGAAGGUUCCUUCGUCACAUGCCACUCCAGAUGCGGGCGCCGACUCACGGCUUGAAGUAUUCGCAACCACCAACAUCCACAGUCCAGCAAGUGGAAUACUUGUAUCUUCGACGUGGUCCAAUCCUCUAGUCAUUAGGAACCGUCUCCUGUUCAGUCUGGGCGUCGUGUUGCUCGAAUUAGUGUACGAAAAGCCGCUAGCCGCCAUGACCGAUCCAAUCGACCGCGUCGGCACUGAGCCGUGCGACGUCCCCUACCGUACUGCCAUCCGCUUGUCGAAGAGACUUUCGUCCAAGUGGGGCCCGAAGUAUGCAGAGACGGUACGCAAAUGCUUGCAUUGUGACUUUGGUCAGGGCUUUGACCUGGGGCAGAAUAGGCUUCAGGAAGCGUUAUAUUGGUCUGUCAUUUGUGAGCUGGAGACGCUGGCAGAAAGCCUGGGAUGAGCCUAAGGGAGGGCUUGGGCUUUCUAUAUGUACCUCACUCAUCUCAGUUUUUCUCUAU